UGCGCAUGCGCGGAGAUGUCAGCAGGGCACCGAGAAGCAAAGCGUCAUGGCGGCGUCCACACUUGGAUUACAGCGUGCCUUACGAAGAGCUAUGGUCCCGUCUUUGGUGGUGAUUUUGGGAGCUACCGGCACCGGCAAAUCCAAGCUGGCUAUCGAGAUCGGAAAACGGCUCCAGGGAGAAAUAAUCAGCGCAGAUUCCAUGCAGGUGUACCAGGGUCUGGACAUCAUCACCAAUAAGGUGACGGCUGAGGAGCGCGCCCAGUGCAGACAUCACAUGAUCAGCUUUGUGGACCCGCUGGUAAGCAGUUACACUGUGGUGGACUUCAGGAACAAAGCUCUGGCACUGAUAGAUGACAUGCACAGCAGAAACAAAUUGCCAAUCGUUGUUGGAGGAACAAACUACUAUAUUGAGUCUCUUUUGUGGAAAGUUCUGCUGGAUACGGAGCAGGAGAGUGAGGACUCUGGGGACGUAGGAGAUGGUGCUCCACACAGGAAACUGGAGCUGGAGAAACUAGGAGCAGCUGUGUUGCAUGAACGACUAGCCAAGGUGGAUCCAAAAAUGGCCGCCAUGUUGCACCCGAAUGACAAGCGCAAGAUAGCCAGAAGUCUUCAAAUCUACCAGGAGACGGGCAUCCCCCAUAGUCACUGGCUGGAGGAGCAGAGAGGACAGGAGGGAGGCGAUGGUCUCGGGGGUCCACUGAGAUACCCAGACCCCUGCAUUUUCUGGCUCCAUUCAGACUUGGAGGCUCUAGACAAGCGGUUAGAUGGUCGGGUAGAUGAGAUGUUAUCUGCAGGACUGAUAGAGGAGCUCAGAGACUUCCACGUCAGAUACAAUCAGCAGAAAGUCCAGGAUAACAGUCAAGACUAUCAACAUGGGAUUUUCCAGUCGAUUGGUUUUAAGGAGUUCCACGACUACCUGACUGCCCCUGAAAGCAGCACCCAGCAAGAGAAAGACUCACAAAGAGACAAAGGCAUAGAAGCUUUGAAGAUUGCUACAAAGCGUUACUCCCGCAAACAGAAUAAAUGGGUCCGUAACCGCUUCCUUAAACGACCAGGAAACAACAUCCCAGCAGUGUAUGGCCUGGAUGUGACCGACGUGUCGAGGUGGGAGGAGACGGUGCUGAGCCCUGCACUGCAGAUCCUGGACAGCCUCAGAAAGGGUGAGGAGCCAGCAAUUGCACCAAUCAGAGUACAAAGGGAGGGUCAGAGAAACAAAAGGAGCCAUCACACCUGUGAUCUUUGUGAUAAAGUGAUCAUUGGUGACUUAGAAUGGACAGCUCACCUGAAAUCCAAGAAGCAUCACUAUCAUGUGAGGAAGAAGAGGAAGUCUGAUCCAGGCUGUGACCUGCCCAGCUCACCUCCCGUCUCUGUAGGAGAGACUCCCUCUGAGGUCUCUUGUGCUGCUGUUGCCUUGGGCUGCAGUGAAACCUCUCAGGACUCUUCCAAAGACACAAGGACAACACAUAAGGAAGUACCUGUAACACUUUGAAAGCCGUACAGACUGCUCUACAUCUGUUGUCCAGGUUUCAACCACUAAUGUACUCAAACAAAUGAACGCUUACGUACAGUCCUUAUAUGGCCACUUACAUUUAAACUUUGGUGUGUGUUAAUAGAAAAGAAUCCACAUUGGAAAGCUUGUAAAAUACAAAAUGCACAGAUAGAGGUUGAUGAAGGAUCCUGGAUGCAGUUUUUUCAGCUGUGUGUAAUUCUAAGGAUAAAUAAGAUGUUUUAUGGCAUUUUUUUGCCACUGCCUGAAAACUAAAUCAGUUCUCAGAAGUAUUUUUAUAAUUUUUCAGAAACACCUUAUACAGACUGUUAAUGAGACUUUCAUUUCUAAAAUACUUUCAAAUACUUUUAAAUGUAGUUUAUUUUUAAUAAAGCCAAAAAUCUAUUGAA